AUGGCCUCCAACGAGGUCGUCGACGUCCCCGUCGAGCCAAUGGGCCAGAUCAACCCCAAAGUCCCACCAUUGACUGAAACAAAGAACACGUUUAAUACCCCCGAGGGGCGCUUUGAUGAGAAGGGAUAUAAUGAGGAGGCCAUCAAUGAGGAAGGCCUCAAGGAAUUGGAUGACGACCACCAUGAUGACUUCACGAUCGACCCCUUCAAGCCCUUCGACGACUUGCCAGAUGAGCGAAGCGACAUCCUUACUAUUCGUGCUAUCUUCAUCGGUCUUUGUUGUGGUGCUCUCGUGAAUGCCUCCAAUGUCUAUCUUGGGUUGAAGACAGGAUGGACAUUCACGGCCAACUUGUUCGGCGCUAUUGCUGGUUUUGCCGUUGUCAAAUUCAUCUCCAAGGCCGUUCCUGAGAGCUUCCCUAUCCUCGGGGGCAGCUUUGGUCCACGUGAGAACAACAUUGUCCAGACCGCUGCCAUGGCGUCUGGUGGUCUUUCUUCUGUCUUCGUCUCCGCUUUCCCUGCUCUGUAUCAGCUUGAGCUUUUGGAUACUCCUAAAGCUGACUACUGGAAAAUUGUCUCCCUUACUGCUGUUGCUGGUUAUUUCGGUUUUUUCUUUGCUACACCGAUGCGUAAGUUCUUCAUCGUGUAUGUGGCUCGUGAGCUCCGAUUGAUCUUCCCUACUCCCUCUGCUACCGCCAUGACCAUUCGGAGUAUGCAUCAGGCUAUUACCGGAGAGAGGAUAGCCAAGAUGAAGAUGAAGGGUCUCUCACUCGCGUUCUCGGGUGCUUUGAUCUUGCGUGUUGUUUCCCAGUACUGCAUUGGUAUCCUGUGGGAUUGGCAUUUCUUCACCUGGUUCUACAUCUGGGGCCACUAUAAGAACCAAGCCCUUGCCGUCGAGAACUGGGGCUGGUUCCUCGAAUGGACUCCCGCUUUCAUUGGCUCUGGUAUGCUGGUCGGUCUUAAUGUUUCCAUUUCUUUCUUCGCCGGUAGUGUCAUUGCUUGGGGUAUCAUUGGCCCAGCUCUUGUCCACAACAACAUGGCUUGGGGUGUUGAUCUAAGUGGAGGCGAUCCAAAGUGGGAGGGUUACAUCACCUUCGCUUCGCUCAGUUUGAAGGCUUGCAACAAGGACAGCCCAAGCCCCCGAUACUGGCUUCUGUGGCCAGGCGUUUUGAUGAUGAUUGCGGUUUCGUUUACCGAACUUGCCCUUCAAUACAAAGUCAUCUACUUUGCCUUCAAAGCCCUCUACCGCGGAAUUGCUACUGGCAUCUAUGCUCUCGGCCACGCUAUGGGCAAAGAACUCGGCUUCUUCAAGAAAGUCGGUGAGCAGGCCGAAGAAGACUGGGUCGAGGACUCCGCGCAACCCCACGAGUUGGUCAAAAUGUGGAUGUGGCUUCCCGGCCUGAUCCUCUCUAUCAUCUGCAUCUGCGUGGUGCUAGGUGUUGAAUUCGACAUGCCAGUUGGCAUGUCACUGCUCUCCGUCUUCCUCGCCUUCUUCUUCUCCUUCCUUGCCAUCCAGUGCACCGGCGUCACAGACAUCACACCUCUCACCGCCGCAUCCAAAGCCUCGCAAAUCAUCCUCGGAGGUGCCACAAAAGGCGAACACUGGGAAGUCGCACACGCACAGAAACUCAACUUGCUCGGUGGUGCCAUCGCCUCCAUGGGCGCCAACCAAUCCACAGAUCUGGUCUGUGACUUCCGAACCGGCUUUCUCCUCCGCACACCUCCAAACCAGCAGUGGGUAGCGCAGGGCAUCGGAACUAUCGUCGCCGUCUUCCUCGCACCCGCCAUGUUCCAGCUCUUCUCUACGGCAUACCCCUGCAUCAUCGACAUCGAGGCCGACACCUGCGCCUUCGCCGUCCCCUCCGUCUCCGCCUGGCGCGCCACCGCCGUUGCCGUCACCGACCCAACCUUCCCCAUCCCCAAAACAUCCGGCAUCUUCGCUAUUGUCUUCGCCAUAUUCGGCUCCGCCAUGGUCUUCGUCCGCCAUUACCUCUGGGUCGGCGAACGCGAGUGGGUCAAGAAAUACCACCCCAAUAUGAUGUGUAUCGGUCUCGCGUUCGUGCUCGCGCAGACGCAGUACGGAACUGCCAUGGUGAUUGGAUCGACGUGGGCAUUCCUCUGGGCGAAGUGGAAUCCCGUGGGUUUUGAUAUCUACGGGUAUGCGGUUGCUGCGGGUUUGAUUGCCGGUGAAGGUAUUGGCGGUGUGAUUAAUGCGGUUCUCCAGGUUGCGGGGAGGUCGGGCGAUAAGUAUGGGACGAAUAUUGCGUGCCCUGGUGGUGCGUGUUAGUGGAUCUGAUUAGCUUUGAUCUGGAUUAAUUCAUGUAUGUGUGUAUAUUGG